AAAAAGAAGAUGAAUUACGGAAGGAUGCAAGAGAAGGAACCAAUGUCCCCAUGGCUGGCCAUCAAAUUUGGAUGCUGUGCAUCGAAAGAGGACCUUGCGAACGAUGGAAGCGACGCGCUGAGAGCUACUGGCGAGACUGAUAUGCGGAUAUGCUAUGAACAACCGCGACCCGUACCACAGCCUUGCGUUGAGCCGAUACAACAGCGUCCAUCAACGAGCCAGUCGAUGAGCCGUCAUGUCUCGCAAUGGGUUUCCAACAGUCGCGAAUACGCAGCACGUGCCUCAUCUCGUGCGAGCAUUUCGACCCUUGCGCGGCCAAGGCGUUCACACUCUCGACCCAGCAUUAGUCGUCCAACUGACUUCCGCCACUUCGAUGGUCUUGAUGAUAUACCCUCAAUGCUCAAUGACGCUUCCAUGCCCCUCCGCCGCCGUCGUAGCUUUCGCCCCCUCGAGCUGUCUAUCUAUCUUCCCGACGGCUGUGGUCAUCUAUCUCCAUUGCCUGAUUUCGACGGUCAAGAUGAAUGGAAUGAUCUACAAUCGCAGCUAGAGCAACCUGCUGAGGCACACGUUCGGGUGAGAGACUCACGUACGAGCUCUAUAUCUUCAGAACCUUCCUUCAUCAUUCAACGUAAGCCAGUUGGUGGGCAAUCUCGACGGAGCAGUGUUCAAAGUCAGAAGAGCACCACCACGCACGAGAGGAGACUCUCAGGAACCACCAUGGGUACCAUGGCUACGCCUACACUGGCAUACCUUCCAGAGCAUUCACAGAUUGCUGGUGAUCAGAUACUUGAGAGACCUACCAUUCAGCGUUCGCGCACAUCUGGUACCUUGUCACCUGCUCGUGUACUUUCACGUCUACCAUCGCCAUCGCGCAAUCGCGCCAGUACCGCACCGUCCUCUCGACCAGGCAGUCUCCGUCGUACAAAGACCGAUGUAGAUGAUGCUAUUCGCGAAUUGAAUACCAUCAUUGAGGAACGCCGUGCCAGCGCGUAUCGCACGAACGCUCAAUCACCCGCGCUUGUCAACCGUCCCCCACCGUCCCCAUCUCACCACGUGCCUUACAUUGCCCCAUCUAUGCGCAUGCAUGUUCGUUCCGAAACCCUUUCAGAUAUCGGCUCUGCAUUCUCUGCCCCUCUUAGCUUUAAGCCGCUUCCCACCACCCCAGAGGCAGGUACCCCAGCUCGCCGAGCAACAAUGGGACUCAGGCUCGCACCACCCUCCUUCUCCCACACCGGUCCCUUGAACUCGAACCCCAUUACACCACCACCACCACCAGCUACACCCACUACACCAAUCGCCCGGCUAGGGGCCUGGAUCAAGCGCUCGACUUCCACUCUGGCAUCCAGCUCGCGUCCUACAACUCCGAAAACCGCCGACUCCUUUUACAAGUGUGAACCGCAUCCCGCCCUUCCCACCUCACCUUCGCGUCCCUCAACUGCAGGAUCGCGCACUCUACACAUACGUCAAGAAAGCCAAGAGAGCAAUGGUACAGCUACCGUUACGCUCUUCUCCACAUCCUACCCUUCCACCCGCUCAUCCUCGCCAACCAACUCCCUCUCCACCGUCGCUACAUCUUCGCCACCUAGAAAGCUACGUCGUGUUCCUGCGCCUCUGACACUUGUCAAGGAGAAGGAGAUUGCUGCUGAGGCUGGCUUGUUGAGUGGAAGAAGUACAAGGGGUUUUAUGAAUGAGAAGCCGCCUAUGAGCCCUAACUUUGAUCUGCUCAAGGGUAUGGAGAUUAGUGCUAAGGAUGUUGGUAUUAAUGGAAGGAGGAGCUUGAUGGCACUUAGUCCGGGAGCAGUAGGUGUUGCUUUUUAG